GAGCGCUGCGGGCGGUGGGCCGGGGGCGAGGGUGGCGGCUCCCUCAGGACCCGGCGCGGGCGGCGCGAUGCGGCGGGUCACGCUGUUCUUAAACGGCAGCCCAAGGAACGGCAAGGUGGUUGCUGUCUAUGGAACUUUGUCUGAUUUGCUUUCAGUGGCCAGCAGUAAACUCGGCAUAAAAGCCACCAGUGUAUAUAAUGGGAAAGGUGGACUGAUUGAUGAUAUUGCUUUGAUCAGGGAUGAUGAUGUGUUGUUUGUAUGUGAAGGAGAACCAUUUAUUGAUCCUCAGACAGAUUCUAAACCACCUGGAGGAUUACUAGGAUCCCACACAGACUGGCUGACAUUAAAUGUAGGAGGGCGAUACUUUACAACAACAAGGAGCACUUUAGUGAAUAAAGAGCCUGACAGUAUGCUGGCGCACAUGUUCAAGGACAGAGGUGUCUGGGGAAAUAAGCAAGAUCAUAGAGGAGCUUUCUUAAUUGAUCGAAGUCCCGAGUACUUUGAACCCAUUUUGAACUACUUGCGUCACGGACAGCUCAUUGUAAACGAUGGCAUUAACUUAUUGGGUGUGCUAGAAGAAGCCAGGUUUUUUGGUAUUGACUCACUGAUUGAACACCUAGAAGUGGCCAUAAAGAAUUCCCAACCACCAGAGGAUCACUCACCAAUAUCCCGAAAGGAAUUUGUUCGGUUUCUGCUGGCCACUCCAACCAAGUCAGAGCUGCGCUGCCAGGGCUUAAACUUCAGUGGUGCUGAUCUUUCCCGUUUGGACCUUCGAUACAUUAACUUCAAAAUGGCCAAUUUAAGCCGCUGCAACCUUGCACACGCAAAUCUCUGCUGUGCUAAUCUUGAACGAGCUGAUCUAUCUGGAUCAGUGCUAGACUGUGCAAAUCUCCAGGGAGUCAAGAUGCUUUGCUCAAACGCCGAAGGCGCAUCCCUGAGGCUCUGUAAUUUUGAGGAUCCUUCCGGUCUUAAAGCCAAUUUAGAGGGUGCUAAUCUGAAAGGCGUGGAUAUGGAAGGAAGUCAGAUGACAGGAAUUAACCUGCGAGUUGCCACCUUAAAAAAUGCAAAACUGAAGAACUGUAAUCUCAGAGGGGCAACUUUGGCAGGAACCGAUUUGGAGAACUGUGAUUUAUCGGGGUGUGACCUCCAAGAAGCCAACCUGAGAGGUUCCAACGUGAAGGGUGCCAUAUUUGAAGAGAUGCUGACACCCUUACAUAUGUCCCAGAGUGUCAGAUGAGAGUGACAAGAGCUGGAGGAAGAUGUCCCUGAUGGAAACGUGUCCUUAUUUUAUUUCUCCAUCCAUCGAAUUGUCUAGAGGAGAUAACAUUGUAAGGGAAUUGAGGCAAAUGCUUGUUCCCAGAGGUGCAUAAGGGGAAACGGUUGAAUUUCCCCCACAUUGUGACUCUAACAGAAGAACUCUGUUUCUAGAAAUAGGGAAAGUAGACCAUGCUGCAGCAUUUUGAGUGGAGCUGGGGCAUUUGUCUGGUUUCUGACCAGGAGUAGUAUCUAUUAUAUUUGUUUUUAUAUAGGCAUUGUGUGGAAGUACCAUCUUGGUUUAAGAUGCAUUUGAGAAUUUUAAUUUAUGAGAAGCACAAUAUAUGCAAAUAUAUUUAUUGAACACCUAGAUGCAGUAAGAUGUUUAAAUGGUUAAACGUCUUGGAAACUGAAGAGUUCAUCAGGUUUAUAAAUAGCUUUAGUAUGCCCUCCCUCUCCAGACGCCACUCAUCAUGUGCGUGUGCUGAGGGCAAGACUCCCUAUGGCUCUCUACAGAUUCAUUUCUAGAGUGUUUACUGUGUAAGAGGAAGCCAGAGCUAAAUGUGAGCCGUACUCUGUUCUCAAACUUUGAGACAGGACGGAAGGAAAGACCUUGUAUAUCAUUCUGCAGCAGAGCGAAGGAUCCACCAGUUGCUGCAGCUGUCCAGUGAGCAUGCCUCAGCUUCAUCACGGGCAAGUUCCAUGCUGUACCACGUUAGGCUGCUCUGUCCGUUCACUAGUCCAGUUCUUGUGCUCAGUUAUCACAAGCAGAGGAAGAUAUUUCAGAGCCAAAACACCACGCUGCAUCCUUAGCACAGGUCAUGUAAUGCCAAGUAGUUUAUAGAGGACCGGCUUAAAACAAAUAUCCAAUCUAAACUCCAUGCAGUUGGAGCUAUAAAGUAUGAAUAAAUUCUGCAGAGUUGCCUAUGAGAAUGCAACAUCAGAUAAGUACAGCUAAAACCCUUCAGUAGCAACUAAGAAAUUCUAAACUGAUGAUUUGAUUAUAGCUGCCAAAAAAAAUGAUGAAUAAAAAUUAAACAUUUGGCUGGUAUAAGCUGUAUUAUCAGUCAGUAACUGUGGCUCUUUUAAAAAAUAUUUUCUGCUGUCUUGUUUUUAAAUGAAAUUUUAGUCCCGUUUUCUUGAGUCAUUAUCUGUGCAACAGCAGCAGUAGGGCCUUCUUAGUGUCCCAGUGUCCUUAUGUGUUUUCAAAGAGCAGGGAUAUAAGCUGUGUCCAAAUGGGUUCGAGAUCCUCCAGACUUGUCAGCUUGAGGAAGUGAAUCGUCACAGGUGACCUUGUCUCCUCCAGGAGAGUGGCAUGUCUUCAUUAUUCUGUAGCUUAUUCUUCUAUCUACAUAUGCAAAGCUUUCCUUCACAGUAAAGAGCUCACAUGCACAGCAGGAGGAGAGUGCUCCUUUACAGGGAAAGGAAAGCAACUUUGAAAAUGAAUUAUUUUCUUUGCGUUAUUAUUUUUACCAAGACAGAGAAGUAUUGUAUUGAGAGAUACCUAUUUUCAUAAUCAAUAUGUGCCUAAAUUAUAUUUAACUCAUUUCACUGCACUCUGUUUUCAGUAAUUAUAGACUGUGUUCAUUCACUGAAUGGUCCUCUGCAGACAGACCUGUGACUGCAGAAGGAGCCAAAAAGAUGUAAACACAGUAUGCUUGGGAACUGCAGGGUUCAGAUCGUAUGUAAACCGCGUUAAUAAACGGUGUGGAACGCUGCUCUUGCUUUGGAAAGUCAACGCUUUCUGCAUUCCCAUGGUUAUUUGUGAUGGUGCCAUGCAGGAGCCAACUGCAUAGUGCUCUUAAUGGAUGUGUGUUUUGUUGGAAAAGCCAUUAAAGCAAAUUCACUUCUUGGGUGUGGUCUCAACGAUCCUCUUUCCGGAGACUACCAUGCUACAGUACUUUGGUUUUACACUAAGGAAGACAUCUGGUGAUUUGUAUUACUCUAUAGCUGAUGAAUAUCACUGUUCAUUUGCUGUAUCGAGCAAGAAAUAUGGUUCUGCCUGAUGUCUAGGAGAGAGAUUUCUAAGAAAGGGAAGAGUUCCAAAUAGUAAAACUUGUGUUAUCCCUAGCAAUGAUCAAGUGUCUAUAUAAGUUAAAAUAGACCCUUGUGGGAGGC